CCUCAGAAUCGAAAUCCAAAUUCCUUAACUACAUUUUUCAACCAUGCAGAAGGAGACUCUGAUCGACUUCGGCGGCGAAGAGAGCCUGCUCUGUGGAGGAGAGCAGCAGCUUUACAUCAACUCCCUCUCCUCUCGCGAAAUGGAGUCUCUUACCGCCAUUUGCGACACCUUCUUGCCUUCCGUCGACGUUGAUAUCUCCGGCGCUAGUGAUACUGGAAUCGUUGAUUUCUUCAGAUCUUCCGCUUCCAUGGCGAGAACUCCCGAGCGUCUGGGAGGAUUGAUGAGCGAAAGAUUGAAUCAUCCGAAGAAGUGGCUGAUCAGGAUGGCGCUGUGGAUGCUGUCGACGUACAUCGGAACUUUGAUUCUGUGCGGUAGAAGGUGCCUUACGACGGACUUUCCUUUUGUGCUUACAUUCUCUCAAUUGCCUCAGCAGAAAAAGGAAGAGAUAUUACUGUCGUGGUCCACCAGUUGUUUUCAUCUUCUCAGGAUGCUGUUUAAGGCCAUGAAGCUUCUCACUAUGCUCGUCUUCUUCACUCAGGUAGAUGAGAAGAACGAGAACCUGUCAUGGAAAGCAAUAGGGUAUCCUGGACCUGACCCGGACUUCAAAACACAGAAAGAACAAAGACAUAAACGGAAUGGGGAAGGAAAUGGGAAAUCGAAGGAUGAACAGGUAAUUGAUGAAAAAGAAGAGCUGUUGGGUCCUCUUUACAGAGGCAUCAUCAAUCUGAAAUACCCACGAGAGACGGUCGUUGAUGAUCUAAGGCGACGUGGGUUCCCUGUCUCUGUUUGUACCAAGAACACCAAGCCACCUGCCGGAUUGUCCAACUGCCCUUCUUUCAUUAUUCACUGCGAUGCUGUAGUAGUGGGUUCCGGUAGUGGGGGUGGUGUGGUCGCCGGUGUUCUUGCGACGGCGGGUUAUAAAGUGAUUGUCUUGGAGAAAGGGAACUAUUUUGCUAGAAGCAAUCUGUCCCUUCUUGAAGGGCCUAGUAUGGAUCAAAUGUACUUGAGCGGAGGGAUGUUUGCAACGGAUGACAUGGGGGUGGCGAUGCUUGCAGGCUCCACCGUCGGCGGAGGAUCGGCUAUCAAUUGGUCGGCUUCAAUCAAAACUCCACACCAUGUGCUGGAUGAAUGGUCCAACCAGUAUGAACUAGAGUUGUUCGACAGCAAAUUGUACAGAGAAGCUAUGGAUGUGGUGUGUAACAAAAUGGGGGUUCAAUCUGAAGUGCUAGAGGAAGGAUUAAAUAAUGCAGUUUUGAGAAAAGGGUGUCAGGAAUUGGGGUAUCCGGUGAAUAACAUCCCGAGGAAUUCUACUGCGGACCAUUACUGUGGCUGGUGUUGUCUGGGCUGCAAGGAUGGGAGGAAGAAGGGUACUUCGGAGACAUGGCUGGUGGACUUGGUGGAUUCAGGGAACGGAGCGAUCCUCCCUGGAUGCGAUGCUUUUAAGGUCUUAAACAGAAGAAAGAACGGUAGAGAUCGGAAAAGAGCGACUGGGAUUGCCUUCCAGUUUGAAUGCAAAGGACGAAAGGAAAUAUGUGUCGUGGAGUCUAGGGUGACUGUGGUCGCUUGUGGAGCUCUCAGCACUCCGACUUUAUUGAAACGAAGUGGAUUGAAGAACCCCAACGUCGGAAAGAACCUCCAUCUCCAUCCAGUGACAAUGGCAUGGGGCUAUUUCCCGGAUAACCCUGGCUUUCUCGGAGUCGAGAAGAAGAGCUUUGAAGGUGGAAUCAUGACGGUAAUGUCUACAGUUGUUGCGAAUUUGGGUAAAUCUGGAUACGGAGCAGUGUUACAAACACCAUCUCUGCAUCCUGGAAUGUUCUCAGGUUUAAUGCCAUGGCUCUCCGGCGCAGACAUCAAACGGAGAAUGUGCAGGUUCUCCAGAACAGCCCAUUUAUUUGCCCUGGCAAGAGACAGAGGAUCAGGAACUGUGAAUUCCCCAAAUUCAAUUAGUUAUCAAUUGGAAUCAGGCGACGAGCAAAACCUGCAGAAAGGAUUGGAGAAGAUUCUGAGAAUCCUUGCCGCCGCGGGAGCCGAAGAAAUCGGAACCCAUCACAAUAAAGGAAAUAGCAUAAAUGCAAAGGAAGCUACCUCGGAUGAAUUCGAGAAGUUUGUGAAGGAGGAGAGUUCGAGGCCAUUGAGGAAGCUAUCGACACCAAUCAGCUCCGCUCAUCAGAUGGGAAGCUGCCGGAUGGGUGUUGACCCGAGGAAAUCGGUGGUAAACCAGAUGGGGGAGACGUGGGAAGUUGAAGGACUGUUCAUCGCAGAUACAAGCGUUUUCCCGACGGCUUUGGGAGUGAAUCCGAUGGUCACCGUUCAGGCCAUCUCUUACUGCACUGCACAGUCUGUUCUCGAAGUUCUCCGGCGGAAGAAAAGUAAAUAAUAGGAAGGAAGCUUAAUUUCUGCCUGUUUUUCAAUUACUGGAAUUUUUUUAAUUAAAAAAUUAUUUUAUAAUUUAAACUCAACUGCAAAAUAUAAAUAAUUGUACAAAUUUAACGAGAGAGCCUUGUAUUAAGAAGUUUCAAUAAUAAUGUGGAUUUAGU